AUGUUUACCGGAAUUGUUGAGGAAAUUGGGACCGUGGCCGGUACCUCGACCACAGGACUUUCCAUCGGGGCCUCCGUUGUAAUGGACGACUUGGUGGUGUCAGACAGCAUCUGCGUGAACGGUGCGUGCCUUACCGUUACCGACAUCAGUGGGGCUGCCUUCAGCGUCGACACGGUGCCCGAAACGCUGCGCCGCACCAACCUUGGAGAACUGAAAUCCGGUGAUCCGGUUAAUUUGGAACGCCCAAUGAGCUCGGAUGGACGAUUCGGGGGGCAUAUCGUUCAGGGACAUGUGGAUGGAACAGGCAGAGUGCUGUCUGUGGUGCCGGAGGGGCAGGCCCGGAACUUCAAGUUCGAGGCAGAGGACAGCAUCAUGCGCUACGUGGUCGAGAAGGGCUUUGUGGCUGUGGACGGUACGAGUCUGACGGUAGUAAACUGUGACUAUCGCACCUUCUCGGUGACGAUCGUUCCGUACACGUGGGAGAAUACAGUCUUUGCACUCCGCAAACCCGGCGAUUUGGUGAACUUGGAGGUUGACAUAAUCGCCAAGUACGUUGAACGUCUGGCAACCGGACCGCGGCUACCCGUGGACACUGCCGACGAGCUCUGA